AUGGAGAGGUCGCUUUCUCGAACGAGUAGUACGCGUACAUCAAAUUGGUCAGCAAAGGCUGAUCACAGCACCAGAAUGGACAUCGGUCACGCGAACGAAAAACACUUUGUUAGUGUUCUUCGUCAGACUACGUUUCAAAAUGUUGUAGACCAUCCUUCCGCAUAUUCCUACAAGACCCACAUCGCAAGACCCCCGUAUUCCGAAUCUAGAUCAUCCAAUACAUGUCCAUCACCAGUACACAACACAGUUCCAGCCUCAACACCGGCCGCAUCCAGCUCAAUAUCCGUCUACUGUACAUCACACAAGCCAUCUCCGUCCGGGACGGUCCCUCUCCGCCUUCACCCCCCAUCCCGUUACGAUCCCCCGGUCCAUGCCCCCCAGAAUCCCCCACACAGCCCAAACCCCCAACUCCCAAUGUCCGCAUCUACAUCCGAUCCGUCCACCGCGCAUCUCCGCCCACCACCCCGCCCAGCAAUUGCCCCCAACCAAGCCAACCUAAACCAAACCUCGUCUCCUAAAACUCUUCAUCACACAGGCAUGAAUAUGUCUCGGACCCUCUACCCCACCCCAGACUUGACCCAAUCACAAACACCGGAUCGUAACCCGAACAUCUAUUCAUACUCAUGCUUCCUCUCCCACCUCUCCAAACACAGGUCCUAG